AUGUCUUUUGGAAACGUCAAGGGAGCCGUCACCCACGCCAAGGGAAGCCGGACGCUCUCGCCGACCUCCGCCGCCCAGCCGUCGACCAACUCGCUCCGCAUCCUCCUCGUCGACGACAACCAAAUCAACCUCUCGGUCCUCAGCACUCUGCUCAAGCGCCGCUUUGGGCAUGUCCUCGCCAGCUCCCCCGUCGCGCUCGACAGCGGCCUGAAGGCGCUCCAGCUGCUGCGCACCGAGGUGUUUGACCUCGUCUUCAUGGACAUCGAGAUGCCCUACCUCGACGGUGUCGAGUGCGCCCGCCGCAUCCGCGCCGGCGAGGACGGCGUGCUGGAGGCCAACCGCGACGCCCACAUUGUCGCCGUCACCACCAACAUCGGCGACGAGCCCGAGGCCCUCUACCGCUCUGUCGGCAUGGACGGCAUGAUUGGCAAACCGGUCCGCUUCGACCAGUUCCAGCAGUACCUGUGCCCGCUCGCCAUCCAGGCGCAGGAGGCUCGCACCACCAUCGCACCCGUGUGGAUCGGCGACAAGGACGUCAUGCCGCCGCUACCGCCCGUUGGCGCACGCCCUCGCCUCUUCUUCAAGCCCAGCGUGGUGCCCGGCGCGCCCAUCCCCAAGAUGAGCCGACUCGAUUCGCAGGAGGGUGUCCUGGGCGACAGCUUUGCCGAGAUGCUCAAGGCGCAGACGCGCGCCUCGCUGCGCGACCGCCGCGCCAUGUUCCUCGCCCGGACUGGCACCGUGACCGAGCCUCGCCGGUCCUCGUUCAACGAGCGCCGCGAGCAGCUGGCCCGGCAGACGAUCCGCGAGAUCGCCACCAGUCCCGAGCGCAACGAGCUCACGUUCCAGGCGCUCAUCGACCAGGAGGCCAUGGCGCCCCACUCGUCGGCCUCGAGCGCCAGCGGCCGGUCGUGCUCGUUCAACGCACGCCCGGCCGUCUAUCACCGCUUCAGCUCGCCCGCCUAUCUCCUCGAUGCGUCGCCGGUCGCCAAGCUCAAGACAGACCCCGCCGCUCGCUCGACGCCCAACCUGGUCCGCACGACGCGGAGCCCGACGCGGCCCGGCAUCCGCCCGCUGGUCGGGUCGACGUCGUCCAAGUCUCAGAGCCGGCAGUCGGACGAGGCCAGCCCCUACAGCUCUGAGACGUCGAGCCGGCUCGGCGGCAGCAGCCUCUUUUCGGGCCUGUCGCAGCUACGCAGGCUGAGCGACGAUGGCACCGCCUCUUCGUCGCUGACCACGCCGCAGUCGUCGCCCAGGGAGACGGAGCGCUUCUUUUCGCCCGAGGAGCUUGGCGAUGCCGUCUUUAGCCCGUGCGAGGACGACCUGCACUCGGUCUUUCUGCGGGUCCCCUCUUCGGACCUGGACCUGCUGCCCCUCAAGCAUCGGCGCGACGAGCUGAUCCUUGGCAGCGAAAACGCAGGUGUCGACAGCGCCGACGCUGCUGCCGCCGCCGCGAUCAACCGCCUUGCCCUGGUCGAGGCGAAGGGUCACGGCAUGCCUUGCUCGAUGGCCGACCCCCGGUCACCGGUCCCGACCACCUGUGCCAGCUGGUAG